AUGGAAAUAGAACUUUAUUCAGUUAAUGAUCUACAAAAAUUAUGUCGGUUAUGUAUGGAAACUGGAUCCGAAUUAUAUUCAAUUUACGAUUUAACUCCAUUAAAUGAAGUGGGAGUACAUAUGCAGUUUUUAGAAAUGAUAAUGGAAUGUACUUCACUGAAUAUUGAAUCCGGCGACGGUUUACCAGAAUCCAUAUGUAUGGAAUGUAUAAAUUAUUUGAGUACUACAUUUAGUUUUAAACAACGUUGUGAGAGAUCUGACAAAAAGUUAAAAGAACUUGUCUCAUUCUUUAAUGAAAAUAAAAAAGAUGAUGAACUAACCCUACACUUAAGUGUAUGUCAAGCAAAAAAUAUUAAUUGUGGUGUUUGUUCGAAGUAUUUCUCAAGUACAACGCUACUGAAGUCUCACCUAAAAAAUAUACAUUCAAUCGAGAUAAAUGAUGAAGAUAUUAGCAAUAUUCAUACAUGUGAUAUAUGUGAUGCUAUGUUUUUCGAUCAAGAUAAAUUUUUGUAUCAUUAUCAAAACCAUAUCGAUAUGGCAACCUACUAUCGCAAUGAAAGCGACGACCAUUCAUUAAUUUGCUAUUAUUGCAAUGUACAUUUUGCAAAUGUUACCGAUUUAGAAAAUCAUAUCCAAAUUCAUAAAGACGAUCAAACUAUAUUUUCAUGUCAGUUGUGUGAUUUUAAAAAUACUGAUAAUGAAUCUGUUAAAACACAUUUGGGUAAAUCUCAUGGAGUUAAUCACCUCGUUUGCAAUUUAUGUUUAUUAACCUUUGUGUCAGAUCGAAAAUUUCGUUCGCACGUAAAAACACAUAAAUUUAUUAAUAAAUUGAAUUAUUUGUGUCACAUAUGUGAUGGAAAUUUUUCAACACGAGAGGCAAUACGACAACAUAUCAUAAUUCAUGCAAAAGAUAUCAAAACAUGUAAAAAAUGUUUAAAAUCAUUCAAAAAUCUCACUGAUUAUGAAGCUCAUGUAAAAGAACAUGUUAAUAAACCAGCAUUAUGUACAGUUUGUGGUAAAUUAUUUACGAAUAAACAUUUUUUAGAGUCUCAUAUGCUUUUGCAUGAUGGCAUAAAACCAUUUUCAUGUAAUAUAUGUGAGAAAAGUUUUCGUACUAAAUCAAUUUUAAUAAAUCACCAAUUAACACAUAGUGAUAUAAAACCGUUCGCUUGUGAAGUAUGUGAAUAUUCAUCUAGACGAUUGGCUGAUUUACAAAUGCAUUUACGCGUCCAUACUGGUGAUCGACCCUAUAGUUGUACAUUUCCUGGUUGUAGUAUGAAAUUUAAAACAUCUAGUUUACAGCAUCAACAUGCGAGAUCUCAUACAGGUAGUGAAGAAAUGUUUACAUGUGAAGUAUGUAAUAAAACAAUUGCAAAGAGAUCCUUCAAACAGCAUAAAUUUAUACAUACGAAUCAAAGACCUCAUAAAUGUGAUAUUUGUAAUAAAAGCUUUAGACGUAGAAAUCAUUUAAAUAUUCAUAAAGCCAGAGUUCAUCCUGAAUGA